GUCACGUGAGCGCUAGUCACUCGUGACUGCGGCUGGUUUAAAGCGGGAUCGAGAAGUAGGCGCCGGCAGAAGAUGGGGUUUGUUCAGUCGUUGUUGGUGGCUGUGGCGGUCCUGCUGCAGUUUGUCUGCGCCGGUGUGUACCAGACACCUGACGACCCGGCGUACAAGCCCAGGCUGCCGGCCGAUAUGCAAUCCCCGUACGGGUCCCUGUGGCCAUUGCCGCAGAAAGUCGUGAUCUCUCCCGAGGUCUACCGGCUGAGCGCGGUCACUUUCCAGAUCGUUUACUCGUACGGCUCCACGGCCUCGGUCGGCUGCUCCAUCCUGGACAACGCCUUCCGCAGGUACUACGGCUACAUCUUCGGCAGCAGCCAGCGUGAGGCAACCUUCGGCCGCAACCCCGGCGAUCUGUCUCAGUUGCAGGUCACUAUCACCUCCAGCGACCCUGAGUGCCACAAGUAUCCGCGCAUCACUUCCAACGAGGCCUAUGAGCUUAUAGUUACUCAGCCUGUUGCUACUCUGAAAUCAGAGACCGUGUGGGGUGCUUUGCGAGGAUUGGAGACUUUCAGCCAGUUGGUAUAUGAAGAUGAAUUCACUACUCAUCUCAUCAAUAAAACUGAGAUCUCAGAUGCUCCAAGAUUUUCUCACAGAGGUGUUUUGCUUGAUACAUCUCGGCACUAUUUGCCUACUAAAGUAAUACUUGAAACAUUAGAUGCCAUGUCAUUCAAUAAGUUCAAUGUUUUCCAUUGGCAUAUUGUGGAUGAUCCAUCUUUUCCAUACCAAAGCAUCACUUUUCCUGAGCUGAGUAACCAGGGUGCAUAUCACCCAGUCACUCAUAUUUAUACAUUGGAAGAUGUCAAAACAGUUAUUGAAUAUGCCCGUGAGAGAGGAAUUCGGGUCAUUCCAGAGUUUGACACUCCAGGGCAUACUCAGUCCUGGAAAGGUCAAAGAAACCUCCUUACUCCUUGUUAUAAUGGUGAGAAGCCCUCUGGGAAAUUUGGACCUAUAAAUCCUAUGUUAAAUACAACCUAUGAUUUUAUGAAUCAAUUGUUCAAAGAGAUCAGUUGGGUGUUCCCGGAUGCCUAUAUUCACUUGGGAGGUGAUGAAGUUGAUUUUUCAUGUUGGAAAUCGAAUCCCAUGAUUACUAAGUUUAUGAAAGAGAGAGGUUUUGGCAGUGAUUACAGGAAACUUGAAUCUUUCUAUGUCCAGAAUAUUCUAGAUAUUGUCACAGCUCAUUUGAAGGGUUAUAUGGUCUGGCAAGAGGUCUUUGAUAAUGGAGUGAAGAUUAAGCCAGACACUGUAGUUGAAGUGUGGUUGUCAAGCACUAUGAAGGCAGAGCUAUCUAAAGUAACGCUAGCUGGGUUCACAACCAUUCUGGCAGCACCCUGGUACUUAGAUUACAUUAGCUAUGGACAGGACUGGCGAAAGUACUAUCAAGUUGAACCUCUCCAUUUCAAUGGAACUGAAGCACAGAAGAAGCUGGUGAUUGGGGGAGAAGCUUGCCUCUGGGGAGAAUUUGUGGAUGCAACCAAUCUUGCCUCGCGUUUAUGGCCUCGGGCAAGUGCUGUAAGUGAGCGCCUUUGGAGCAGUGAAGAAACAAACAAUCUGAGUGAUGCGUACAAAAGACUAACAAAACACCGGUGCCGCAUGGUCCAACGGGGCAUAGCAGCUGAACCUCUGUAUAUCGGCUAUUGUGAUCACAAAUUCAAGGCCAAGAAAGAAUUCAACUGAAUUCAGAUUUUUCUCUUGGAGAAAUAUGCCAAUGUUAUAUCUUGAUCUGAACAACAUUAACUGCAUUAUUGAAAUGGUAAAUUUUCAUUUAGAGAAUUGAUAUUUUGAACAAAAUGUCAUUUUUAUAUAAAGAAUGGGAAAUAUUGUAUAAUAUUUCAAUAUUUUUGUAACUUCUAAAUUUGUUUCCCUCUUUCUGGACCAUGAAUUUACUUUGUCUUUCCAGCAAGAGGUGGAAGUGCUACCUGUUUACAUUGACCAGCGUUGUAGAACAAUAGCAUAGGCUGAGACCCUUCAGUCUGAGUUUCAGCCCACAGUGAAAUCUGCUUAUUAAUUUCCAUUGAUGCUUUCUGAUCUGCUGAGUUCCUCCAGCAUUCUGAAUGUUACCCUGGAUUUUCAGUACUGGUGCUCUUUUGUUGAUACAAGCCACUUAGUCUAGCAAGUCCAUGUCAGCAAGCUGGUCCUGAUUUCCUCUAAGCCCCACCCUUCUAUAUACCUAUCCAUGUGCUGCUUGAAUGAAAACUAUUGUACCUGCUUCAGUUAGUUCUUGCAGCUUGUUCUAUAUAUACAUCACUCUGCCUGGGGGCAAAAAUUGCCCCUCUGGUCCCUUUUAAAAUCUUUCCUCACUCUAAAUUAUUCUCCCUAAUUUUGGACUCCUCUACCCUAGGGAAGAGAUUAGCAUUCACCUUGCAUAUGCCUCUUUUUAAACAUUUCUAUAAAGUUUAUCUCAUUCCUCUAUAUUCCAAGGAAGAAAGACCUAGCCCAGCCAGUCUCUCCCUAUAAUUCUGGGUCUUUCUGGCAGCAUCCUCAAAUCAUCUGCACUCUUUCCCGUUUAACCAUGCCUUUCCUAUUACAGGGUGAUCAAUUGCUGCCUUACCAAUGACACGUGCAACUGCAGUAUAACUGCCAGCAUGCUAAAUGCUUUUUCACCACCUCAUUCAAUGAACUAUGCACUUGUACUUCCCAGUCACUGUCCUUUUACACUCCCUAGUGCCCUUCCAUACAUUGUACGAGUCCUACUCUGGUUUGACUCUUCAGGAUGUCAUGUUACACUGGUCUGUAUUGAAAUCCAUUUGCCACUCGUGCCAACUUAAUUGAUCAAAAUCUUCCUGUAAUCCAGUCACCUUCAUUAUGAAUAUCACUAUCUAAUUUUGUUAUAGCCUAGUUAGUCUAUUUUAGUGUUUCAAAUUUUACAUAGUUGAAAUGAUAACUUGUGUUUUGAGCUUUCUGCAGUGAAAAUGUAUCAAUUAUGCAAAGCCAACAAAUGUGUGGAAUGUACUAUAUGGAUUUGUUCAUUUGGUUGAAUAAUCACAAUAAAAGUUUUUAAUUUCUUGACAGACUAAAGUCUCAUGCUGGU